CCGCCGCCUCCCUCCCUCCUUCCCUGCGGCUCCCCCGGCUUUCGGAGCCCGGGGGCGGCCUGUGGCGCGCGGAGCCCGCGCGGGACUGCGCCUCUUUGGACCUUGAGGGGAAACAUGCGUUUGGCUUGGAUCGUUUUAAAUUCUUAGUUUGGGAUCCCCGCCCGCCUGCCUCUUUCGCCCCGCGGGAUUUCUUUUCCUUUUUUUUUCUUUUUUCAUUUUUUUUCCUUUUCUUCCUCCCGGUCUCCUUUUGACUCCCUCCCCCUUUAUGCUCUCCCAGCCCUCCUCCCUCUGCUGAGAAGUGGGGGAGGGUCUCGGCCUCCAGUUUCCCGCCCCACCGGGGCCCGGGCGAGCAUGGGGGGCAAGCAGAGCACGGCGGCGCGCUCCCGGGGCCCCUUCCCGGGGGUCUCCACCGAUGACAGCGCCGUGCCCCCGCCAGGAGGCGCGCCCCACUUUGGGCACUACCGGACGGGCGGCGGGGCCAUGGGGCUGCGCAGCCGCUCGGUCAGCUCGGUGGCGGGCAUGGGCAUGGACCCCAGCACGGCCGGUGGGGUACCCUUUGGCCUCUACACCCCAGCCUCCCGGGGCACCGGCGACUCCGAGAGGGCGCCCGGCGGCGGAGGGUCCGCGUCUGACUCCACCUAUGCCCAUGGCAAUGGUUACCAGGAGACGGGCGGCGGUCACCAUAGAGACGGGAUGCUGUACCUGGGCUCCCGAGCCUCGCUGGCGGAUGCUCUACCUCUGCACAUCGCACCCAGGUGGUUCAGCUCGCACAGUGGUUUCAAGUGCCCCAUUUGCUCCAAGUCUGUGGCUUCCGAUGAGAUGGAAAUGCACUUUAUAAUGUGUCUGAGCAAACCUCGCCUCUCCUACAACGAUGACGUGCUGACAAAAGAUGCGGGUGAGUGUGUGAUCUGCCUGGAGGAGCUGCUUCAGGGGGACACGAUAGCCAGGCUGCCCUGCCUGUGCAUCUAUCACAAAAGCUGCAUAGACUCGUGGUUUGAAGUGAACAGAUCUUGUCCAGAGCACCCCGCGGACUGACCCUGCUGGGCUGGCUUGCUGACUCCUCUCAAAGGUUUAUUUUAUUUAUUCCAAGCAAACUCCCAGAACAGCUGAUGAUGUCAGGCAAAUCAGGGACAUGUGCUCUUUUUACCUUCACCUCAAAGACUGAUGACAAGGGGAGAAGACAGAGCGAGGGCAAGAACGAGGCGGAGGGUGUGGAGCCUGGCCCGGGAGCACGGAUCCAAAUCCUGGCAUGAAGUUUGGCUUCGGGGGCCUGCCCAGACCCAGCCAUGGAUGCAGCAGCCAGCCCGGGCAGACGGGUACAACUUAUGUGUUGUGCUCCACACAGGACAGAUGGCCCCUGUUCCUGAGAGGAGGCUCAUCGGACACUGGGGCAGAGCUGAGCUUGGGACACCAGUGGGAACAGGGCACCCCUUCUGCACUGACUUCCAGAAAAUGGUUCUCCCUUCCUCCCUGAGGACACUGCGUUGGAUGAGAGGAGUUUGAGAGAAGAAUGAACCAAGCUCUAUCCUUCCCCUCCCCUGUCAGCCCUGGAGGGAAAGGGCAUUUUCUUUUUCACCUUUGAAAGGCGUUGUGGGUCUGUCUUUAAAGUGUUUACAAAAAAAAAAAAUUAUAUAAAAAAAAAAAAAUCUCGUGUCGACUGGUGUUUUCCCUGGUGAUGUUUACGGAUUGCCAUUUGCUGCCCAGCUAUAACCCACUCAGUGACAGAAAUGAUCACAGCCAAGUCAGCCAGUGCAGGCAGGCGGGUGAGUGCACGCCAUCUCUUCCUUCGCCCGUUGGCCCUAUCCAUCAGCAACCUCUCUGCCUUGGGUUUGUUUCCAUUUUUCUGGCUUGGUUUUGCACCUUUCACCCCUUGGGACCCUGAUAUCUUGACUUCAUUGCCAAAAAAAUAACCCACUUGAGGACUUUCUCCCCUCCUCCAUUCCCAUUUCUCCUUUCUUUCCUCCUGGUUCUGGUCAGUUCAGAGGAUUUAGCAACCACAAGUGUCCUGCAAAAAUGCCUGAACAUUUUCUUAGGCCCUUGUGGAUUUUUCCCCCAUAAAACUUAAACGAAAAGACUUACUAAAGAAAUAUGUACAACAACCCCUGUUUUCAAGCACUCUGUUUGAGGACAUUUUAGCCAUUGAUGUUCACACGUGGCAUCAACCCAUGCAGGAUAGGUUUCUGUAUUUAUAUAUUAAAAUACAAAAAAACACAACUUACAGAAUGUUUAAAAAAUGUUCAAAGCUUGGGAGAAAAGCUUUCUUCAUUAGUCAAGGUGUUUUGAUAUGGAAUUAAAAUAGUGUCUGAUAAAAGAUGCACUGUGUGAUUUCAUUUUAAUGAAGUGUUGUUACACAAUCAAGAAAUGGGGGCAAAGGCCUGUCCCCCACUCCCUCACCUACCUCCUUAGCGUUCCUGCAGGCUAUUACUUGGGGUUAGAGGUAUGUGAAGUGGUUCUCAGAUGGUCAUGCAUGGUAGAGGGAAAGAUGCAGCUCCGAUGUGCAUCCUACAUGUUUACUAACCCUCACAUGGAAUCAGUCUGCCAUCAUCUGUGGAGUGGUUGUGACAGAACUCCUCUGGAACGAUCUGCAGGGUCAAAGAUCUUGCAGCCACGAGAGGCUGCAAGGACGUGGGUUCUUCCAGGUACCGGCCCAGCCCUUCCUCCGGCCUGUGCUCCCAUCCUGCAUCUGCCCUGCCUGUUGCUCAGUUUGCUUCUUGGUGCUGACUCACGGGCAUGCUUCACCGAGGCCCAGGAAGAGGCCCUGGUUUGGGGCUGAGCCAGCUCAGAGCUCUUGAACCAGAACCAGCCACUCAGGCUCACAAAAGCUGGAAAACUGCGGGCCAGGCGGGAAGCUCAGGGCAGGGGCAGCAGUGCACGCUGGGCCUCUGUCCCCUUGCCAGACAGGCUCCCGGAGCAGCAUUCCAGAGCCUCCUGCAGAGCCAGCAGAAAGCUCCACAGGGAACUGGUUCCUUGCCUUCUCUGCUGUCACCCUUCGUGGGCCCCCUGGUCAUGCUGUCGCCUCCAGGCUCCAACCCCACCAGGCCCAGGAGUCUGGACCUUGCCACCACCCUGGCUCUGUAGUCACCGUCCAUCAGAUGCCUCCUGCAACACCUACCCUGUGCAAGGGCGUUCAUUGCAGGCCAGUGGGCCAACGUGAGCCAAGGCAAGCAGGCACACACAGCAUGUUCGGAGAAACACAAAAGAAGAGUUCGUGGUUCUGAGCCUGGGCCUCAGCGUGGGACCUGCCUGAGGUGGAGACCCUGGGGACCUACAAACACCAUUAGGAGAGCUGGCAGCAAGAAUGUGGCUCAAAACUCUACAUUUGGGCUCCUCUACUUCUUGGCAGAAUGAUCUUGCAGAAACGACUUCAUCUGAACUUCAGAUUCUUUGCAUGUAAAGUGGGGACAGAUGUCACCAUGAGGGUUGGGGGGUCUGCCCUGAAAGCCCUGGCACAUGCACAGCAGGCUCCCUUGUAGCUUUGUCACCGCAAAGGGCACUGUUCUAUUCACAGCACCUCCUGCUUCUGCCUGGCAACUGUGUCUCCCUGAUCUAUAUUUAAUCCCACCAGCAAAGCUGACGGGGCACGUCCCUGCCCUGAAGGAGAUCUCCUUGCCUGACCCCUAUACCAGGAGAUGGGGGCUCUGUGCCCACCAUGGAGGCUUCAGGUGGCUGCUUUGGCAGUGCCAUGGGUGACCAGGCGUUUGUGAGUUGUGUGGGGCAGGGCCACAGCCACGCUGGGUGCUAUUCCAGGCUCUUGGGGCUGGUGCUCAUCCCCACCCCCAGUGACUUCCACUUCCACCUGACAGACUCCUGUGUGUGCUCUCCCAACUCAGAUGGCCAGCUCGUGGUGUGGGGUAGGACUGCAGUUGUCCAGGCUUCCCAGGUGGAGCUGGUGUUUGUCAUCCCCCAUCCAGACAGCUCUUUAGAAUCCUGUGUUGCUCCUGCUCUGCCUUUCUGGGAGGGGAGAGAGUGUGGAGGAGCCCAGAGGUGGGUUCUGGCCACUUUCUGCUGAAGGCUCAUCACGAUUUUGUGGUGGACGGGAGCCCUUCACUAAGAUCAUCCAUUUAAUAGCCAUUUAAUGGUAUUGAGGUUUAUAGGAAAAUGUCCUUAUUCUUAGGAGAUAGAUGCUGAAUUAUAUAGGUGAAUGAUUUCAAGAAAUGUGUAAUUUACUUCCAAAUGGUUCCCCCCAAAAUACACAAAGCAAAUAAGGCAAAAAUGUUUGUCAUUGAAUCUUCAGUGGCUGGUAUUCCAGUGAAUGGUGUACUUGUUCUUUCAAAUUUUCUGUAUGUUUGGAAUUUUUCUUAAUAAAAAAUUAUGGGAAAAUG